AGAAGAACUUUCUUUGUUGUCGCUCAUUCCAAAUUGUGAAGACGACGAUGAUGGUCAGUGAGUGACAUUUCCCUCUGCGGCACGCGCUGCUCUCUAUACAUCUCCAUCAGACCGUGAAUGGAGAGCAGCGCGCAUUACUACAAUAAAGGCCAUGUACAUCUGCUCUGGAGCGCCCGGUCCGAGUCUCUCAGCCCUCCCACGGGCAAUUCCGCAGAGAUCCUCGCUCGCUCCUGAUUGGACGAAGACGCGGCGGCGAGGGGCGAGAACAAAACAUCAUUCCGGCUUAAAAAGAGUGCAGCUAUGCGUCGAGGAGCAAAAGCAUCUCUCAGAGGGAGGGAGGCGGACGGCGCGUUUAUAGCUCUGGAUCUCGUUUUGUUGUGCCUUGUCAUCCUCGCUUCAUCAUGCCCAAAGGAUUCCUGGUGAAAAGGAACAAGAAAGCGGCGCUCGUUUCGUACCGGAUACGCUCGGAUGAUGAUGGAGGAUCCGCUCCAGAUUGUCAGAUUGCGCCGAUCGCCGCGUCACCACCCGCUCCCAGCGCCUCCAAGCCGGACAGCAUCACCUCGGCGUUCCCGUCGGACAGAGCAGAGGCCCCGAUGCCGGUGCCGGUGCCGGUCCACAGCGCCAAGCCGGUGCGGUUCGGCAAUCCGGAGACGGUAUACCAAGCCCUGUACAGCCCCACCCGGCCCAUAAGCAAGGAGCACGACAGGAAAUAUUUCGAGAGGAGUCUCAACCUCGGCUCGCCCGUCUCUGCCGAGUCGUUCCCUACUCCCGCCUCUCUCACCAGCCUGGACCAUCAUCUUCUGUUCGCGCCAGUCGACUUGAAAAUCGGCACCAGCAACAGUAACCGGAGCGGAACGGCGCCCGUCAUCCGACCCGGCGCCAAAAGACCUUCUGACGCCGCCGAGCGUAAAAGCAGCAAAAGCGUCAAGAAACCCAAAGCCAUACGCAAACUCAACUUCGAGGACGAGGUCACCACAUCCCCGGUGCUGGGCCUGAAAAUCAAAGAGGGGCCCGUGGACCUGAAGCCCCGCACGACCUCGGGCAACACCAACAAGCCCCUGGGGGAGUUCAUCUGCCAGCUUUGCAGAGAAGAAUACUCGGACCCGUUCUCUCUGGCACAGCACAAGUGCUCCCGGAUAGUGCGGGUGGAGUACAGGUGUCCCGAGUGCGAGAAGGUCUUCAGCUGUCCGGCGAACCUGGCCUCCCACCGGCGCUGGCACAAACCGCGCGUGCCAAACGCACCCAAACAAGCCCUCCAGCCCACCAAACCGUUUCCCGAGGCGUUCCCCGGCGACAGAGACUCCCCGAGUCCGGGUCUGUCAGAGUCCGGCUCCGACGACGGGAUCUACGACUGCCAGCACUGCGGGAAGAGGUUCAAGCGCCAAGCCUACCUGAGGAAGCACAUCCUGGGACACCAGGCGCUCCAAAAUCAGCUCCUCGCAGAGGCUUUGCGCACCGCGGAGAGCCCCGACAUCAUGCCCUCGGAGGACAGCCAAAGCCCGGCUCCGCUCAAUCUGAGCCCCGCGGACGGUCUCGGGUGUCCGGCUUGUGGAGAGAAGCUGCCGAACCGGGCGAGUCUGGAGCGACACCUGCGCCUGCUGCACGACGACUCCCAGGCGUUUCCCUGCAAGUUCUGCCCCGCCACUUUCUACAGCUCGCCGGGUCUCACCAGGCACAUCAACAAAUGCCACCCCACCGAAAACAGGCAAGUCAUCCUUCUCCAGAUGCCCGUGCGUAACGCCUGCUGAAGACGAACCCACACCGAUCUGUCCUUUCAGUACGAUCUCUUUCUUCAUCCAACCCCUCGCUAGAAAAGUCUGGAGAAAUGUAUUAGUUUGGCCCUUACAAAGGUAUUUUUCUAGAACCCUUGCACACAUGGUAAUGUAAUAGCUCCUAGACCUAAGAUAUGUUCCUGUACCUCUGCCUUGAAUUCACAUGCUGUGCGUUUCACGUCUGUAGCUUUAAUCUAGUAUGUGGAUUACGGGACUGAAAUGUUCUCUGUCUCUCUCUCUCUUCCUAUUGAAAACUACAUCAACAAAUCUUGAAAAGUUUCCCUUUAGUAGCCAGAAAUGCCUUUAGAGAAAAACAUCAAACUACUGCCUUAAGAACUCUUCAGUGUAAUGACUGUUUCUGAAUGUCGGCACACAAUUACAGCUUACUAUCAUGAUGUAAAAUUAUUGUAAUAUGUUUAUUCGUAAUAUUUUAUUUAUUUAUGUAUGUAUUUAUUUAUUUUCAAUGGCUUUGUAUAAAUUAUUGUGUGACUUUUCUCCCAGUCGAAUCGUUGUGUCGAGAUCAUCUUGUCUUGGGUUUUGUGCGCUCUCUUGAAACGUGAAGCUCUUAUAGAUGCAAUCUUUUUCUACGUAUACAGCUUAUUUUCCUAAAUGUUUGCUACCUAGCGCUUUAUAUGUGCGUUCGUGUUGUCAACUCAAAUAAAAUAUUUUCAAAAUGAAAAA